AUGCAGAAGGCGGAAGAGGAGGCUGAACAGGGGUCUGGAGAAGUUCUUCAUGACGAUGGGGAUCAAGCUGAGGCCCUCCCUGUCACUGACGAGAUGCAGGACAAGAUGUUGGACAUGCAAAAGGCCCAGCAGGACGCAGGAGAGCAGAGUGAUGAGCAGUCCGAGAAUGAAGAGGGAGAGUACCUUCUGGCCGACUCGGAUGAGGAGGUCAACCAGUUCCAUGUGGUUUCCAAGGUGGAGAAGGUGAAGAGUUUUUCAUUCCGAGAAGCAUAUGAGAAAUUGGACAAGUUGGGUCUUUGCUCCUUGCCAAGGCAUGUGCAAGGGUGCAGUCUGUCCUAUCAUGGAAAGGAAAGACGGAUUGAAGAGAUCGUCUGGGUGAAGACCAAUCAGUUGCAACGCAUCAUCCGGACGGGGCGCACCGGACACUGGAUCAAUCACGCGAAGGAACACUGUCUGGUUGGCAUCAAAGGCAACCCAAAGCUCAACAGGAAUCUGGACUGUGAUGUGAUCGUGAGCGAGGUGCGGGAAACCUCCAGGAAGCCGGACGAGAUCUACAACUUGAUCGAGCGCAUGUUUCCCAACUGCCCCAAGCUGGAACUCUUUGGUCGGCCACACAAUGUCCAUGAGAAUUGGAUCACCUGUGGGAACCAACUGGACGGCGUUCGCCUGGUGGAUGAUGAGAUUGUGAAGAGGUACAACCAGGAGUUUCCUAGCAACCCCACCACGCCUUUUCGCAGAGCCAAAGACGAGCUGGUUGCGUACGGAGGUGGCGAGGAUGCUCCCUGGGUCCCGCCCUCCGAGGCACCCCCCCCUUCGACCAGCGAGGCAUGGGUGCCACCUCAAGCUGGGUGGCCGCCACCAUGGGGCUGGCCCAGAACUUUGGGCUCGGGACCGGCUUGGACCCGCUUGGACCGGCGUGUCACGCGGCACGGAGGCAGACGCGGCGAUGCGCGCAGUGCGGGUGCCAAGGUAUCUCGGCUGUCUCGUCACGUGGCGCCCUGGGCGCCGUUUUUGGCAUAUUCCGCCUUCGCUUCCCCCAAAAGUGACAGCAUGACGGUGCUGGCUUCGCGACUCGGCGGCCUCUUCGCCUUCUUCGUGCCUUGGAGAUGCUGUGAAAACGUGUCAAAGGUCUGCGGUGCGUCUCAGCGUUUAGUGAUCAAAAACGCUUGUGAGACUGAGCCCCUUUGGGUGGCCCACAUUGCUGGCAGCGGAGUCGGACCCGAUGUGCAAAAUUUGAAGAUCGCAGCCGGACAGUCCUUCACUUUCCAGACCCCCGACAAUCUUCAGGCUACCAGGUACUGGCCGAAGAUGAGAUGCAACAGCCAGGGGAACCAAUGUCAGCUGGGUGGAAGUGGAGGUCCCCAGCAGCUGUGUGAUGAGAAGGUGGGCUGCGCGCCGCCGGUGGAUACCAAGUUCGAAGCUACCUUUGGGCAGAAGGCGCUGCAGUGCAACCCACAGCAAGAGGAGUACACUGGUUGCGACUAUAUUGACGUCAGCAUGGUGGAUGGUUGGACGCUGCCUUUCAAGUUCGAGGUGGUGGGGAACUGCAGCAGUUCGUCUGGGUCCAUGCAGCACUUCUCAGUGGAUUGCUCCAAACUCUCUGUACAGAACUGCCCAAGCGCUGAAAGUGUCCCAGGAGUGGGCAACCUGGAUCUGCAUUUGAAGCACCCCACCACUGGGCAGAUUUCUGGAUGCUACAGCCCAUGCAGCAAGCUCACCCUCCGGAACUGGAACAACACGCUGGCGAUGAGUCACAUUCCACGGGACCUUUUAGUGGUUCGGCCGCCAGGAUGGUAA